CAAUAUAUACUAUAUAACAAAUCAAGAAAUACAGAAAUAAACAACCAUUACAAUAUAGUCCCUAAACUAAUUAUUCUUCACUAUCGAGUCCUCCAACAUAAGAAGGUGAUGCUUAGUGUUCUUGAAUUCUGAGAAUGCAAUUUCGCUGCGCUGAAGAGAAGUGCAUGCAAUUGGACCCGGUGCCGCUGAGCCUUCGCGGAUGGAAUCGUAUAGGGGAAAACAAUAGAAGCCUCUGCCGGCAUUGUUGAAUCGCCUGGCACUUAAAGCCUCCUGCCUCCGGAGUCGCAGUUUGACUCUCAGUUGCCGGCGAAGCAGCGGCAGGGCCCAGCGCUGGCGAAAUCACGGGAGUAUCGUAACAACUAACAUGUAAAUCUAUUUACUGAGAGAGAGAAAAUAAAAAGGAAAUAAACAAAUUCCUGGUUCGGUGGUUGUACUUGUGCCGGUUAAUUGGCAACGGGUGUUCGGCUAGGUUCUUACAAAUUCUACUAAUGCGGUAAUGCCACAUCAGCUUCUAAUGACAACGUGGACCAAUAGAAUUUGGCUGCACCGGUGCCGCAUUUUUUAUCGCGGCACCCUAGCAUUGGCCUUGUAUUUGUUGAUGGGUUGGGUCGGGUGAUAAUAUACGAAAUUCCUUCAACCCGCACCCGCCCAUGUAUUGCAGUUUUUCCCUUCUACAAGAUCCGGACCCACCCAACAGUUGAUGAAACCGUCCAUCUCGGUUCGGGUUCGGGCGGGUUCGGCGGGUCACGAGUUACUUUGCUCACCCCUAGUUGGUAAUCUGAUGCUACUUUUGGGAGCCUUUCUUCAUAUUUUGCUCUUUGCAUACUCUUGCACUAUCUGGGGUAGGAAGGAUUAAAAUCUAAACUGUGUCAAUCCAGCAGCACUUAUUGGAAAUAUACCCAUUUGGAUUUGACUACUAUGCUGAUAAACAUCUUGUUAGGAUAUGACUUGAAUUUGAUUUGGAUUUGUUUUGUGUUUUGGGCCUAUUUUGUUUGGGUUUGUGUUUGGGUUUUGUUUGACCUUUUCCUUGUAUGUUUGGGAAACUUGUCAGAACAGAAGCGUGCAAUCGAUAAUCCAAACCAACAGGAACGAACACAAAUUUAACGUGGUUUACUAACACAAUGUGUGCUAGCUAAUCCACGGGCAGGGGAGAACAAAUUUCACUGAUUUUGAGGAGAGUACAGGUUACAAACCAAAUUCCAAACGGACAAACCAAACGAUGCAACUCCAAACUGGUGAAAGAUUGGAAUCACCACCCAAUACCAAAUUCAAAUUUCCUCAGAUCGACCAGAUGUACCAAACGCAACCAAAGUUGCCAGAUGUACUCAGACGCGAUACAUAUCGCCAGACGUAUCCAAAUGCGAUCAAAACCGCCAAACUCAAACGCAAUCAAGAUUGCCAGACAUAUCCAAAUGCGAUUCAUAUCGCCAGACCAUACGCGAUGCAAAUCGCCAAACUCAGAUGCAAUCAAAAUUGUCAGACGUACCAAACUUCUCCAAAUCAGCUGUACCAGAAUCUCCCCUACCUCCAAAUGCCCCUAUAGGCGAACAACAAAUCAAACCAUGCAGCAAGUCCAACCCAAUGUCAAAAUCAGUAAUGACAUUGUUGAAUUAUCUUUCGCUUAUUUAUAGUCAUCAAAUCGCACCAAGUGUUGGCAGAUUUGUAAAGUAACCGCGAUAUUUUCAAUUCAACUACUAAACAUCGUCUAGAGCUAAUCAAAUUCACAUCGUCAGCACGUAGUAAACGUCCUAAGCUGAAUGAAACAGUUAAAAGUACCGCAAAAGAAAGUAGUGGAAAGUCCCAGGUUGUGGGUGUUGGAGUGGGAUUGAUGAUGCUCUAUGUUUCUUUUCUGUCUUUCUUGGCUUUAGGGUUUGAGCUGGCAAACUUUACUUUUCUGAUGCAAACAAAGAACCCUCAUCAAGAUAGGCAAAGCUAAGAUAACAAAAUGAAAACAGAACCGCAAAAGGCUACAUAGAUUGCAAUUUGCAGAAGCAUGAACAUGAUUAUACUGCAACACAACCUUGACCAGGGUCGCAUUGUGAUUGUUUGAGUGAGGUGUCUGCUAAGAUCUCCAUCCCCAUAUAUGUCACCACUGAGAACCGGAGAGAAAUGAGCAGCUAGCUACUUGCUGCUGCAGUUGAUCGAGCAACCCAAUCAGCUUUCCUACCAUGUAAGUGGCAGCUGGUCCAUAGAGAUAUGUAGGCAACGGUGUAACAUUUAACAACACACACAUUACGCAGAUUGCAGGGGAGUGGUGAAAGUCGUGUUGGAUUAAAAGACCAUGUGGUUUUUUGGUUGUUGAGUUUCUUAGAGUACAUUGUCCUUUGGUAUUAAAGUUUGAGGUCCAAGUUGAGUAGUUAGAGUUAGUAUAUGGGUCAAGUACGUGCUUCUAUUUGUUAGCAGAAGCAGUUAGUUUGUUACUGGUGGUAGCUGGAAAUUAGGGAAAGAGGGUUAGUGAUGCGGCGGAGUUUGAGACUCUAGUUUCUUUUGUAUUUAAACUUCUUUUGAUGGGAAUAAGAGAUUUUGUCAGUUUGCAUCAUAUUGGCUUCUACAUGUGGUAUCAGAGCCUAUAGCAAACUGUAACCAAGUUCAUACAAGAGUGAUUGAGUGUUGAUGAGUUUCAAAUUGGGUUUAGGGAAACACGAGAGCUCUGGAGAGUUGGUAUAUCAUUGGUGAGUGAAAAGACAGCGAGAUAUUAUAAGUGUCGUGUGUCAGUGAGUAGAGAUCAUGAUGGAUUCAAGCUUUGUGCAAGUGGGUAUUCCUAAGUUUGAUGGAGAUUUCGAUUAUUGGAGUCUCUUGGUGGAGAAUUUGUUGCGUUCAUUGGAAUAUUGGACUGUUGUGUGUGAAGGAAUCAAGGAGCCAAAGGCUGGAGCUGAGAUCUCUGCUGCCGAAGAAAAAGUUUUGGAGGAAAUGAGAUUGAAGGAUUGCAAAGCGAAAAAUUACUUGUUUAGAAGCAUUGACAAGAUGAUUCUGAAAACUAUUACUCAUAAAGCAACUGCAAAGGAGUUGUGGGAUUCAAUGAGGACAAAGUUCCAAGGGAGUGCCAGGGUAAGACGUGCUCAACUUCAAGCUCUAAGGCGUGACUUUGAGAUGUUAGAGAUGAAAGGAGGUGAGACUGUGAAUCAAUAUUUUGGCAGAGUCAUGGUAUUCUCUAAUGCUAUGAGAAGCUGCGGAGAGGCCAUAUCUGAUGUACAAAUUGUUGAAAAAAUACUUAGGACUCUUACUGAGAAAUUCAACUAUGUUGUAUGUGCUAUUGAAGAGUCAAAAGAUAUAGACACUUUGUCUGUAGAUGCACUUCAGAGUUCUUUAAUAGUACAUGAGCAGAAGUUUAGCAGAAGAGUUGUAGAUGGCGAUCAAGCUCUCAAGGUUGGGUUUGAUGAUGGAAGAGGAAGAAGGACAGGUCGUGAAACCUUUUAUGACAGAGGUAAAGGUAGUGUCAGUUUUCAGGGCAGAGGGAACUUUCAUAAAAAGGGCCGAGGCAGAGAUGGUAGAAUAUGGAAUCGAGACACAAUAGAGUGCUUUAAGUGUCAUAGGUUGGGUCAUUUCAGAAAUGAAUGCCCCAUUUGGUUCACUCAACAAACAUGCUGCUCUAGCAAGAAUUAUGAUAUGAAAGAAAAUGUAUUGUUGAUGGCCUAUGUUGAGGAAGAGAAGGAUGUAACAGCAGAUGAAGUGAAAGAGAAUGGAGAAGAUGAUGACAAUCAGAGUAAGAUGUUCUUUAUGGAAAAUCACUUGUUGGAGAGCACAUAUGAAGUGGAAGUGAAUAUAUCAGAUGGUCAUCAUCAUGUCAUGAUGGAUUUUCUAGAAGAUUGCGAGUUGGAGAGCAAUGAAAGUUUCAGGUGCACUGUGAACCAAAGAAAUGACAGCAUAUCAGAAGUAGUUGGAAACACUACUAAUCAAAAAGUACAAGAGAAAGAUUCAACUGCUGAAGUCACAACACCAGCAGCAUGGAUAGGAGUAGGAGAAAUAAAUUCCCUAACUGAUGUAGUCACGAGUGAAGUGCAGUGUCUUACGGCUGACGAUCAAGUGGAAAAACUGAAUCUUUGGCAUAAAGAAUCUUUGUAUGUAAGGCAUGAUGGUCCAACAACAAUGCAAAGAGAGGAUUUGGUAGGAGCUGCAACAACAUGCUCAACUUUCCGGUUUGGUAAACAGCAUCGAAGGAUUUUUCCAAGGAGAAGCCAAAGGAUUAUCGAUCAAAAGUCUCGACUGGUGCAUACAAAUCGUUGUGGUCUUGUCGCAUCAUCAUCAAACAGUGAACAAAGAUUUCUCAAGUUUCAGCAAUUCAAAGCCUCAAUUGAGAAAGAAUUUACCGAGUAUACUGCAUAUUUAAGAACCGGAAAAAGAGGAAGGCUUGUGUUGAAUGAGCAUAGGAGCUGCAACUCUAGUAAGAAAGUACUGGUGAGCAAAGAUGUUCUGGUUAAUGAGGCUAAUGGCUUUACAUGGGACUUAGAGGCUCUACCAGAAUUAAUCAUGCUGGUAUGGAAUGGUUGUGAUGAGGAGUUAGGUGUUUUAGAAAAUGAUAGAGAAGCAAUCACAUUAGCAGCAUACACCGAUUAUUGGGCAUAUAAUAAUCUGGCUAAAGAGGUUUAUAUGAUGCAACCACAAGGAUUUUUGGUUGCAGGGGAGGAAGAUCAGCAGACAAAGUUCAAAAUAGCAUUGUAUGAGCUGCUGCAGGUAUCAAGAACUAAGAAGUGUUUCAUUGUAGCUGGCUUGGUACAUACUGUUCUUUACAGAAACAGAUUGUUAGAAGCUGUAAUGAGGUCACAAUUAUUUGAAGAGUUUAUACAGAGUGGACAUGUUGUGAUUAUGUGUAGAUUGAUGAGAUAUUUCCAAGGAGUUCUGGUGGUUCAUAUUGCUGAAGGAUUAGUUGGUUUUGCAGCAAGGUUGGUCAGCCUUGCAGCUGUUUUUUCUGCUGAAAUAGCUGGACUAUUGCAAGUCUGGGCAAUUAAGAAGUGGCUAACUGCAGCUGGUUUUAUCAAGUACUUAAUCACAUGUGGUUUGGUCAAAUGUUCAGUUGAUUUUGCAUUUACAGCAGCUGGAGAUAGAGUGCAGGUGGAUACUUGGUACGAGAAGUUGUUUGGAAGCUUAUGGUACUUAAAUGGUACUCUUGGUUAUGUCAUCAUCUACAAAAGGGAGGGCCUGGUAAUGCGCUUUGAAGGUUGUAAUAUUAAACAUUAUACUGAUGUUAUGGAUAAGAGAAGAAGCAUGAAUUGUCAAGAAUCAAGAGGAGUUGUAUAUGGUGAUUACAAGAAGCAGCAUGUGGAAAUUCUGUUCAUCAUUGAAUCAGAAUAUGUAGCUGCUACUGAUUAUACAAUACAAUACAUGUGGGCGAGAUGGAUUUUGAAGCUAAUGGGUUGGUCAAUGUGUGUGUUAAUGGUGGGACUAAAACCGUUGGUUGAUGAUAGCUCAAGCAUCAAAUUAUCAAGAAGUUUGUGUCUGUGUGGGAGAAGCAAGCUCAAUGGAAGGUUUAGUUUUCAAAUGGACUCACUGAAGGAACAAGGGGUGAUUCUGAAACUUUUUGGAGUGAGUAAUUGGAUGGCUAUGAAGGUUGGCGUACUUGAAAGGCUAUCUAGUGGAGUUUGUGAGUUCUUCAUGUGUUCUAAAGAGAUUGCAUUGGAGUUUCUGCUGGAGGUUCUGUAGAAUGGGAAACUAAAGAUGGAAUAUUGAAGUUGCUGCUGAAAAAUGGGAGUUUUGCUGCUGUAAGUCGAAGUUGCUGCUGAAAAAUGGAAGCUGUCGCAGCAAACUGAAGCUGUUGAAAAUUGAAAUGGUUCCUUUGAAUGAACUGAAGCUUUGUUUGGUGGGCUUCAGUUCAGGGGAGGAUUUGUUGGAUUAAAAGACCAUGUGGUUUUUUGGUUGUUGAGUUUCUUAGAGUACAUUGUCCUUUGGUAUUAAAGUUUGAGGUCCAAG